UUAUCCAAACUAAGACGAAACUCCUCCUAUUUAUGUUACAGCCAUACAGUUUCCAUACAUUCAUGUCCCCCUCUCACAAUUCUCUCUUUCUCGAAAUUAAACUAGCCACAUAGAUCAUCAUUAGUUUCAUAACUAUAUAUUGUACUCUUAUCUUCAUCUUCAAGAUCGCCCAAACAAACAAACCCUUAUUUUAAUUUCACUUUUCAAUCUGAUUUUUCAUAUUUUACCAAACUACCCUUAUCUUGUUCAUCACUUCCAAAACCCAUCAUGAACACACAACUUUUCGGUUCAAAAAUGGCUUCAAUACCUGCAAUUUCACAAUCCCAACUCCUUUUAAAGAAAACCCAAUUCAUAUCCACCCCUAAAACAUCUUUUUUCACCAUACCCAUCUCAAAACCUAACAAAAGUUUGAAUCUUUAUGGGUUAAAGUUCAAGAAACCGGUGGCGGCGACAGCGGAGACGGCGGCAGCGGCGGAGGAGAAGGGGAAGAAGAGGUAUCCAGGUGAGGGAAAAGGGUUUGUGGAGGAGAUGAGGUUUGUGGCUAUGAAGUUGCAUACAAAAGAUCAAGCUAAAGAAGGGGAGAAAGAGGCUCAAGAAAAGCCUUUGCCUAAAUGGGAACCUAGUGUUGAUGGGUACUUGAAGUUUUUGGUGGAUAGUAAGUUGGUUUAUGAUACUCUUGAGAAGAUUGUUGAUAAGGCUGAUUACCCUGAGUAUGCUGAAUUUAGGAACACUGGAUUGGAACGUGCCGAAAGUUUGGCUAAAGAUCUGGCCUGGUUCAAAGAACAGGGCUAUUCUAUACCCGAACCUUCAUCUCCCGGGCUCAACUAUUCGGCUUAUGUUGAAGAGUUAUCAAAGAAAGAUCCACAAGCAUUCAUUUGUCAUUUUUAUAACACCUACUUCGCUCACUCUGCUGGUGGUCGGAUGAUAGGGAAAAAGGUAGCCGAGAUGAUAUUGAAUGGCAAGGAGUUGGAGUUCUACAAAUGGGAUGGUGAUCUUAAACAACUUUUACAAAAUGUUAGGGACAAGUUGAAUAAGGUUGCCGAGAACUGGACUAGAGAAGAGAAGAACCAUUGUCUUGAAGAAACGGAGAAAUCAUUCAAAUUCUCGGGGGAAAUUCUUCGAUUGAUAUUAUCUUGAAUGUGUUAGUAAACUUGAAAUGUUUACGGGUCGUAAUAUUUCCCGCUUCCUGAUGUAUCGUUACUGUUUUGUGCAUAAUUUGUGCUUUAUAUCGAACGUUGUACACGAAAGUGAAGAAAACAUGUGCUCCAUCUUCCUUAAUGACAUGCUUCUUUAUAGUAGUC